AUGCAAUUAAAGUCAAUAACAAGCGAGAAAUAAGGAAAUAAAACUACUGGAUUUGGUUCGAGUAGAAUAGAUUAUUAAAGACUUAACACAGCCAAGUUGAAAUCAUUAGAAUCUAUAAUAUCUGAUAAAAAUAAUAAAUAAGUUUUGUAACCUUUAGGCAGAAAAGAUGUAUUUUUAAUUGAUACAUCUAGCAUAGCAAAUUAAAAUGUUAUAGGACUAUUUAUAAGAAAAAAUACAUGAAUAUUCUUAGGUUGAGAAAAAAAUUGAACUUUACAAAAAGGAAGGAGAUCAAAUGAAUGAUUAUGUGGAAGAUCUAAUUAAGGAGUAUUGUUUGUAAUUAGUACGUUAAGGUAAAAGAGAUGAUCCAACUCCUGAUUAAAUAAAAUUUUUGCAAGAAAAGAAAUAAUAAUUGAAAUAAGAGACAAUACAGUUACAUAAUUUAAAUAAGGUAUAAUAUUUUGAAUUGGAAGUUUAACAAGGAUUAAGUUUAAAAUUGAAUGCAUAAAAAUAAUAAUUGAAGAAAAAAAUUUAACUAUUUGAUGAAUAUUAUAAAAAGACUGAAUAAAAAAUCAGGUAAAAAUAACCUAAUCUUGAUUUUAAUGAAAUGCCUAAGGCUUAACGAAAUAAAUAAAAACCAAAUGCUGUAGCUAUAAUAUAAAAGACACCAGAUGAAAUUUUAUAAGAAAAAACAUUAUUAAUAGAUGAAUACACUAAAAAAAUAGAAUAAUUGACAUUUUAGAUAUAAGAGAUAACAAGAACUUGCAUUUUAGAGAAAUAAGAAUUAAUAAAAAAGAUUCAAGAUACUAAAGAAGAGUAAUUAAAAUUAAGUGAUAAAAUAUUAAACUUAAGAUUGAGAUUGAACAAAUUUGAUAAAUUAGAAUAAUCUUUGUCUAGUGAUAAGCGUAUUUCUGAUAUAAAAUCUAAUGACACAGAACAUUCAUAACAAUAACAAUAAGAAUUGAUCAUAUGA